AUGACAAAAUUUACAAUAUUGUUGAAUGGGGAUAUUUGUGUCACUGAUCGAUUGCGUGAACAAAUUAAUGGGAGCCGAGUAAUUGCUGCGGAUGGCGGUAUGCGCCAUGCUGCAGCACUGGGUGUGAUUCCCGAACUGUGGCUGGGCGAUUUCGAUUCUUCCGAUGAGGAUUUGCUGCAAAAAUAUCGUGAUGUUCCUAGGGAGGCCUUUCCUUCUGACAAAGAUGCAACCGAUGGUGCGUUAGCAUGUGAGAAAGCUUUACAGCAGGGCGCUCAACAUAUUAUUUUAUGUGGUGCUUUUGGAGGUGAGAGGAACGACCAUAGCCUUUUACAUAUGACACAAGCUAUAACUAUAGCAGAAAAUGGAAUUUCGGUGUUGUUGACCAGCGGCCGCGAAGAAGGAUGGCCAAUUUUUCCAAGACAUUUUUCGUGUGAUUUACCUGAUGGUUGUCUUUUUAGUCUUAUUGGAUUUUCGGACUUGCAAGGUUUGACUAUGUCAGGAGUAAGAUGGCCUCUUUCAAAUAAAAAUGUGCCUUUCGGAUCAUCGUUGACACUGUCUAACCAUAUUUGUGGAACUUUUUAUUGUCAGUUAUAUUUUGGAAAAGCUAUAUUAUUAGCUUAUGUAAACAUUUCUUAG